UCCCCUCACUCUCCCCUCCCCCUCUUCCUCUCCUCUCUCUCUCUCUCUCUCUCUCUCUCUCGCGAUCGAAUUCCAGAAAUUUCGAGCAUCUCUCUGCUGCUCCUUCAUGGAUCCAAAACAAGUAGACUGCAUAAUCACUUCUGGCGGCAUUGCCACUCGACAAUCGCUCUUCGGAGGGAUCAACAUGAAACGAAGCGCAUCGGAAUUAAAUUUGGAGGAGUUCCUUAGGAAUUCACCGGAGAUCAUCAAUAUCGAUGAUAACCAGAGCUUUAAAGAGGAGAGAAUUGGUGAAAUUCGAUUUCAAAGAGCUAAAAUUUGUGGUGGUGGUGAAGAAGAAGAAGAAGAAGCUGACGGCUUCUUUGCAGAUGUUCACAAAAGCUUCGAAGACGUCUGUGCCGGUGAUCUCAGUUUCGGCUACAGAGUCCGGAACACAUUAAAUGGGUUUUCAAGUUGUGGUGGAAUGACGGACAACUUUAAUGCUUGGUCUCACAAUCUCAAUCCAAGGCAAUCCAGCAUUUCUGCAACCAUGGACUCCCAAUCAUCUAUAUGUGCUGGAAGCCCUACGUCCGUUCAGGAACCCACAGUAAAUGGAGAUAAUCAAGUGCGAGGAAAUACUAGUGGUUCCUCUAGGGAGCAAUCAGACGAUGAUGACUUAGAAGCUGGGACUUGUGAGCAAAGCAGAGACUCCAUUGACUUGAAACGCAAAAGAAGGAUGGUUUCAAACCGGGAAUCAGCUAGAAGAUCAAGGAGGAGAAAGCAAGAACAUUUGGUUGAACUGGAGUUGCAGGUUGAUAAACUGAGAGGUGAACAUGCUACUCUGUACAAGCAACUUACUGAUACUACUCGGCAAUUCCAGGAAGCUGCAACCGAUAAUCGAGUGUUUAAGUCUGAUGUGGAAGCUCUCAGGGUUAAGGUGAAGUUGGCAGAGGAUAUGGUUGCUAGAGGAACCAUGACUACUUAUAGUUUGAAUAAUCUGCUUCUAAACCGUUCUGUUUCACCCCAGCCACUGAGUUCCAACAAUUUAUCCUGCAUUUCAGAGAUGUGUAGUCCAAACUCGGGAAUUCAAUCCGAUGGAACAUCUUCUUUCAUUGAUGAGAUGUCAAUUAAUGGCCAAAUUGCAGCACUUGGAUUGGAGAUCCUCGGCGGUGAUCAUAACACUUCAGCGGCCGGUAUUAUCAAGAACAAAAUUAAUAGCUGUAAUAAUCCACCACCUUUACGCAGGAUGAAUAAUGGAAGCUUGGAACUCCCAGUACAGAGCAGGAUUGUAAGUGAUGCUGCAGUGAGUUGCGUAUCAGAGAGUAUUUGGCCAUGGGGCUCACAAGUACUACCUCCAAUGUCUAAGCAGAUCUAGUGAUCUUCGAUUGAUCUGGUGCCAUGAAAAGCUUUCAUAUUCGAUUAGAUACAUACUUUGUUUUCUAAUUAGUACUCUUAAUUUGUACUAGUACUUGUGGUAGUUAGCUUACAAGUAUAGUGACAGUACCAUAUCACAUGGUGAACUUUUCUGCUUUAAGCAUAGUCAUUAGGGGAAGCUUUCUUGGAUCAGUACCCUCAUCAUCCAAGGGCAUAAUCUCUCCAGGUAAAAGGCAAUGUAACUCUUAUGUUUUAUCUAAUUCUAAGUUCUUUCUCACUUUA